GUGCGCUGAGGAGUGUAACAGUGUUGUGAAACACAAGAACACUGUCGCUGUACUCAUGAUAAAUCGUGCUGGACUUAGUUCGUGAAUAAUAUAUUCAUUGAGCAUGUAUCCAAUUUAAUUUAGCAAUUUGUAAGCCAAGAAAUUUAAGAAUUUGUUAGGCGCUCCUUGCAUGUCAACGGUUGUAUGCAUUAAUGGUUGAGAAUAAAUGACAGUCAAACGAAUGUGUAAAUACAUCGUAGACCAAAGAAGUUAAAGCCAUGGCUGACGUGGAAUUGGGUGUAACGGGUUCUAUUACUGUACAGGAACCUGUCCAAACUCGCAAAAGCAUGUUCCAGCUUCCAGUGCAGGUUUCUCUGUCUUCUCCAGCUGCAAAAGAAUGGUUUGGGCAGCGUCGUGAGAACAUACGACAGUGGACAGUGUUUGUCAAUACAGGAAAUUUCCGCACCCCAUCUAGCAUUCCACGUCUCAGCAAGAGGGUAAUGAGAAAUGUGGAAUACUUUCAAAGCAACUACUUUUUUGUGUUCCUGGGACUACUUGCAUAUUGUCUAAUUACAUCACCGCUUCUGCUGAUAGCUGUUGCUGUAAGCUUGGGUGCAUGCUACAUCUUAUCUUUGAAGAACACUGAAAGGAAAAUCAGGAUAUUUGCACAUGAACUGACAUUAGCCCAACAGUAUGGUCUGGUUGCUCUGUGUUCCCUACCACUCUUCUACCUAUCAGGAGCAGGUGCAGCAAUAUUUUGGGUUAUUGGUGUAUCAAUUUUCAUCAUUGGCCUGCAUGCUGCAUUUUAUAACAUUGAUGCAGUUUUAAACCCAGAAGAUGAGAGAAUGGACCUAAUAAUGGAAGAGGUAUAGCUUUCGGUGUGACAACACAGCAUCACCAUUGUGGUAUUCAUGAGCUGGUGCCCAGGCACGAUUUUGGAACAGCAUGAUUUUCUGCCUCUCAUUUUAAUGGCCAUCACCCACAGUAACAGCCCAGUAUACUGGUCUUGGUUGGCCCACCUGUGAUGAGUGUAUUUCCGGAGUACGAAGUGGUACAACAUUCGCAUUUACUGUCAACAUGGAUUUAGCAGUGAACUGCCCAGAACUCAACAUGUGUGUUAACAUUUUGAUUGCAGACUGAAAUCAUAUCAUAAAGUGUAGCUCGAUGCAAUUUAAUUUUGGACAUUUAAAUGAUUUAUGGAAGCUUUCUUAAUAAAACUGGUAAUUUUUAAACUAUUAUAACAAAAAUAAUAAAGUGAAAACAUGAUUUUAAAACAAA